GGCUACAACUGAGCGAAGAAGGAAACGUGGAAGGCAAGGGGGAGGAAGAACAACACGACAGAGCGGAGCAAACACUUAAGAAGAUGGGUGACAGUGAUGAUGAGUAUGAUCGCAGACGAAGGGACAAAUUCAGACGGGAGAGAAGUGAUUACGACCGCUCGAGAGAGAGAGAAGACAGACGCAGAGAUGACUGGAAUGACAGGGAAUGGGACAGAGGCAGGGAGCGACGUAAUCGUGGAGAGUACCGGGAUUAUGACAGAGGUCGCAGGGAGAGAUUCUCCCCACCCAGGCAUGACAUGAGUCCACAGCAAAAACGCAUGAGAAGAGACUGGGAUGACCAUGGUGGAGACCCAUAUCGUGGGGGAUACGACUUGGGGUAUGGAGGUGGUGGAGGGCCCAGUUAUGUCCCACCGCAGCACUGGGGCCACCCUGACUUGCACCUAAUGCAGCCUCAUCAUGGCAUUCCCAUUCAGGCCAGGCUCGGUAACAUCCAUGAUAUGGAUUUGGGUCCACCCCCUCCGAUAAUGAAGAGCUUUAAGGAGUUCCUGGUUUCCUUGGAUGAUUCUGUGGAUGAGACUGAGGCCGUCAAGCGCUAUAAUGAGUACAAGAUUGACUUCCGCCGACAACAGAUGCAGGACUUCUUCUUGGCUCAUAAAGAUGAAGAGUGGUUCAGGUCUAAGUACCACCCAGAUGAGGCCAGUCGACUCAAGGCAGAGUCCCACAGUGCUCUGCACAACCGUCUCAAUGUCUUCAUGUUCCUGAUGGAGAAUGGAUGGUUUGAUAAUGUCUCCUUGGAUAUUGAACAGACUCCAGCCAUCAUCAAACUUCUGGAUGCAGCUGUGAUUAAGAUGGAAGGAGGGACGGAUCACGACCUUCGUAUCUUGGAGCUGCCAUCUGAAGAGGAAGAAGAGAGAGAGAGGUUGUUGUCUGUUUCAGCAGGUGCUGAACCUCCCAAGAGAGAAGACCUCAAGACCUUGGAUGGUGACCGGAAACCCUCUGUGGAGAAAGACAAAAAUGAGAAGGAGAAGAGUGAUUCUGCCAACACAGAGACGGCUGCUGCAGCAAACGGGGAGAAGGUGAAAGAGGAGACGGAGAAAGAGGCGGCUAAAGAAGAAAUGCCUGAACCCAAGAAGCAGAGAAGAAAGAGGAAGCGCAGUGGAGACAGUGAUGACGAAGGCAGUGCCUCAGAGAGCGACUCUGACUCAGACUCCAACUCGGACUCCAACUCUAACUGCUCUGAAAAACCUGUGAAGAAGGAAGAAGAGGAAGACAAGGAUGAGGAGGAGGAAGAAGGUGAAGAGGAGAAACCGAAGGAGAACUCUGAAGAGGGAAAGAAAGAAGAAGAGGGAAAAAAGAAGCCCAAAGAUGACUCUCCUCGACCACGGCCUCUGCACCGGACCUGCUCCCUGUUCAUGAGGAGCAUUGCUCCCACCAUUUCCAAGGCUGAGAUUAUAGCUCUUUGCAGACGAUACCCAGGCUUUUUGCGUGUUUGCUUGUCUGACCCCCAUCCAGAGCGCAGGUUUUUCAGACGUUGCUGGGUGACAUUCGACCGUAGUGUUAAUAUCAAAGAGAUCUGCUGGAACCUUCAGAACAUUCGGCUACGUGACUGUGAACUGGCACCAGGGGUGAACAGGGACCUGGCCCGGAGGGUGCGUAAUGUUAACGGCAUCACUCAACACAAGCAGGUGCUCCGCAAUGACAUCAAGCUGGCGGCCAAGCUCAUUCAUGCUCUGGAUGAGAAGGGUAACCUGUGGAGCAACAAGCCACAGGAAGAGGGGCAGAGCUCUGAGUUGCCGGCUCAGAACCCCGUCUUGAAGAAUAUCACAGAUUAUCUGAUUGAGGAAGUGAGUGCUGAGGAGGAGGAGCUGCUGGGCUCUGGGAGUGGGAUGGAUCCUGAGGAAAACAUGAAGGAAGGGAAUCCUACGGAGACAACAGUGGAGAGGGAUGACAAAUUAGCCACGGUUCUUGACCGCCUACUCUUAUAUCUGCGUGUUGUGCAUUCAAUUGACUACUACAACACCUGUGAAUAUCCGAGUGAGGAUGAAAUGCCCAAUCGCUGUGGCAUGGUCCAUGUUCGUGGACCCAUCCCUCCAAACCGCAUCUCGAACGGAGAAGUUCAACAGUGGCAGAAGAUGGUGGAGGAGAAGCUGCUUCCUUUAUUUAGUUUAAAAGAAAUUCUGUCUGAAGAAGAGGCAGGGAAGAUGGGCCGCAAGGAUCGGUAG